UCACCCAUUGGCAGAGUCACGCAGCUAGUUUUGGGCCUUUGUCUGACGUGCGUAAUUACGCACCGCUGCUUUUAAGGCCCACCUCUCCCGUGUGAUGAGAAGCGUCAACAACAUUUUUCAUCGCAGUGACGUGCGCAUAUUCGGUUAGGAAUGUGUGAGGUUGAUUAAAACUGGAGCAUAUCUCCACCAUAGAGAGGAAGAGGCUCCUUUAAAUAAAUCCACUCGCCCAAUGUGGCGCGUAGAGAGAGAGAGAGAGCUCCAGUAAACAACAACACGGUUCUGGGAAGUCUUUUAGCGGCUUCAGAUCUUCACUUCAACAUCACUGGAAGCGCGUAAGGACAAUCCCAACGUUGUAUUGUGAUCAAUAUAUUCAUCGCUUCCAUUGCGGAAGUGAAGAGCAGCACAAAACCAGUCGCCUUCGUACUGUGGGGACAUCCAGUGGCCAAAGCAGGUACUGCAUCUCUUUGCAGCUAUGUACGGGUCUUCCGGCAUCCCCGAGCUUAUUCCACCCACAGCGCCGCCUCUGCAGCCCGGUCAGGGGGGACAGCACGGCCCGGGUCACGGCCAGGGCGGCGGCCCCAACGGUCCCAACCCCCAGAGGCUGGGCCAGAGGGCCCCCAAGCUCGGCCAGAUUGGUCGCUCCAAGAAAGUGGACUUGGACGAUGAAGUGCUGGACGACAUCAUGAACAACAAUGGCCAAUGUCCCGUGUCCAUCCCCAUGUCCUGAAUGAGGAACUCCCCAACCAAAACGUAUCCAUGCUUGAUGCCAAGUGUCUCCAGUGAAGGCUGGUGAUGGCGCAACAAGGCCCAAAGAGGGGCGGAGCCUACGCCUUCAUUGUAAAUCAUAUCACUUCUUUUCAGAUAUUUCAUGGGUCUGUUUACCCCUCCCGCCCAUCUCGGGAGGUCCGAGCCGACUUCUAGACGACAGCUGCUUGUGUGGAGUUGCACUGAUGGAGUGUUUUGGUACGAAGCUGUGAUGGCGUUAAAGCACCCUGCUACCUUGCAGGUUGAGUGUCUUCUAUACUGGUCAAGUGCUUUCUGUAUUAAAGAGUAGAUGAAAGCUUGUUAGUUAUGACAUUUCAAGAAAAACUACUGAUUUCUGUUAAAAUAUGAAGAGAAACACUGUUGUGCUGGGUUUUUUUCAAAAUGUAAUUAUUAAAUGGUUAUUUUUGUUGGUUUGCACUUUGUGGGAAUGCCUUACGUUACGUGCAGUGACGUGUUGCAUACUUCUAUGCAUGGAGUCUGUAAGAGCAUCAUCCCCAAACUCAAUGAUCCCCGUCUCUAAAGGGCUACAAGUAUGUGGUAGUGUUUUUCUCAUCGCACCGCUGUGGCCUGCAUGCUGACGGCCGAGUCGCUGUGGCAACCGGGGGACAUCAACCUGUACAGUUGUGAAUGUUUCAUUCAGUGACACGCUACAGGUGUCAAUGGACAGGACAAGACAAUCCCACCCUCACGAGAAGCACCAAAUAAAUGACUUCUAAUUAUUGUUGUUGUUGUUGUCCAGAAAUGCUUGUGUUGAUAAAAUGUGACUUAUUUAUUUUUUAAUCUUUUGGCUGUAAAACAACUUAUUUUUUUUAUCAAGAUGUUAUCUUAUUUGAAAAGUGUCUGCUGUUUGCAUGGAAGUGGUCAAUCUUUUAAACUGCAUCCAGGGAAAUAAAAGACAUAUCCUCUUGGGAUAUGUGUUGUUUUUUUAAAACAGUUUUUCAAAUAUUAUAUUGUAUUUAAAACACCCAACACUUGUAACAAUCAGUGGAAGUUGUUUUUAGCUCAGCAGGUGUCCACAGCGUGACAGGUUGCCAGGUUGCACAUAGCAUGCCGCACAGAAUGAUGUUUAACACGUUAGCGUGAAUUUUGUAUUUUUAUCCAAGACACCGGUUUGUGGUUUGGUUGUGUUCAUGAGGAUAAAAUCUGAAGAAUGCAUGUGAAUGCAUUUUUUUUUAUUACAUCACCAUGGAUAAUGUUGCACAACCUUUAUUUUUGACACAAACAUAUGCUAUACAUGCAGAGUAUGUAAUGUAAAAAAAAAAUCCAUCUUGGAAGUGUAAAAGUCAUCCUACAUUUGGCAAAAAUAAAUAGUUGCAAACCCA